UGACAAAAACAAAAUAAAUUAUCAUACAAAUACAAAUUAAGUCGCGUAAAAUGUCACCAAAAAACAACCACGAUCCAACAUCCUCCGGUGAUACUGGCAAUACCAAUGUCCAGGAAGCUGAUCUACGAGAAAUGGAGGAUGUUAACCAGAGUCUAGAUGCCCUGAGCUGUGCUUUGGAUGCUGUGGAACAGCGUACCGAUGACAUUAUGUCCCAGUUGCGUGAAUUGUUGAAUUCCAACCGCGAGAUUCGCCGCCAGCUGGAAAAAGAGAAGGAGAACAGCUCCGGACAUUCCGAUGACGAUGAGGAGGCCGACGACAACAUGGAUGGUGGGGUGGCAGCUAAUGAAAAUGUUUCCAAAUAGAAUCCGAAUCGCCCAGUGAAUAUAAUAGUUAAUAAUUUUGUUUUUUUGUUAUUGGUUGAUUUUAUGUACAGUCUACGUUUUGUAUUUUGUGUGUGUGUUAUUACAUUUGACUUUGUUUCCUAAAUCUAAGUAAACCUAAAGAUUUGAAUCCUGUAGCGGAAACUACACGACCAGA